AUGCCCGCUACUAUUAAGAGUCGCUCCAAAGGUUUGAAGGACACUGAAAUCGAUCUAUCAGGAAAGCCUACCCUAGAUGAUGUUUUAAAGCGAAUCUCUGCAAACAAUAGAAACAUCAGCAAGUAUAGAAUAAGAUUGACCUAUAAGAAGGAAUCUAAGCAGGUUCCUGUUAUUUCAGAUACCUUUUUUCAAGAGGAGGCUAAUGAUUCAAUGGAAUUUUUCAUCAAGGAUUUGGGUCCCCAGAUCUCAUGGAGAUUAGUUUUCUUCUGUGAAUACCUGGGCCCAGUUUUGAUUCACUCACUUUUUUACUAUCUAUCUACAAUCCCUAAGGUUGUAGAGAGAUGGCAUAGUAGUAGUUCUGAGUAUAAUCCCUUUUUAAAUAGGGUCGCUUAUUCUUUGAUUGUAGCACAUUAUGGUAAGAGACUGUUUGAAACUUUAUUCAUACACCAGUUUUCUUUAGCUACUAUGCCAAUCUUUAACUUGUUUAAGAAUUGUUUCCAUUACUGGGUUCUAAGUGGUAUCAUUUCAUUCGGCUACUUUGGUUACGGGUUCCCAUUUGGCAAUGCUAAGUUGUUCAAAUAUUAUUCAUAUCUGAAGUUGGACGAUUUGAGUACAUUGAUUAGUCUUUUCGUCGUUUCCGAAUUGUGGAACUUAUACUGUCAUAUCAAAUUGCGUUUAUGGGGUGAUUACCAAAAGAAGCAUGGUAAUCCUAAGGUUCGUGUCCCAUUAAACCAAGGUAUUUUCAAUCUUUUCGUCGCUCCUAACUAUACCUUCGAAGUCUGGUCUUGGAUUUGGUUCACUUUCGUCUUCAAGUUCAAUCUAUUUGCUGUUUUUUUCUUGACUGUUUCAACAGCCCAAAUGUACGCAUGGGCUCAAAAGAAAAACAAAAAGUACCAUACAAGAAGGGCCUUCUUAAUCCCAUUUGUCUUCUGA